AUGUUCCAAUUCGCCAUCGAUCGGGGAGGAACGUUUACCGACGUGUUCGCCAAGUGUCCUAAUGGGAAGGUUCGUGUGCUGAAACUAUUGUCCGAAGAUCCCCAAAAUUAUCCGGAUGCGCCGACGGAAGGUAUCCGGAGAAUCAUCUCCGAGGAAAGCGGUGAGUCGAUGCCUCCCGGACAGGAGGUCGACGCGUCGAAAAUCGAAUUCAUUCGAAUGGGAACCACCGUGGCCACGAACGCGCUCCUCGAACGGAAAGGCGAACGCAUGGCGCUCCUGGUCACCGAAGGAUUCCGAGACCUACUCUAUAUCGGGACUCAAGCCCGACCGGACAUUUUCGACCUGAGGGUUCGAUGUCCAGACAUUCUCUACGAGGAAGUCGUCGAGGUCCGGGAGCGGGUUUACCUGCACAACGAGCGUUGUGAAAUGGAUUUCUCCGGUAAACGACGAAUUCAGGGAAUCACCGGAGAGAUAGGAAUCGUGGAGCAAGAGCUGGAUACCGAGAAACUUCGGAAAGAUCUCGGGAGGAUCAAAGCACAAGGCAUACAGAGCUUGGCCGUCGUCUUGAUGCAUUCAUACACUUUCCCGGAGCACGAGGAUCUGGUCGAGUCGAUCGCGAAUAAAUUCGGCUUCAGCCACAUCUCGAGGUCGGCUGACGUCAUGCCCAUGGUCAGAGCCGUUCCUCGGGGCUUCACGUGUGCGCUCGACGCGUACUUGAGUCCUUGCAUAAAGAGAUAUCUGAGCGGUUUCCGCAGCGGUUUCAACAACAAACUCACUGAGAACAAAGUCCUCUUCAUGCAGUCGAACGGCGGACUCGUGUCCAUGUCGGAUUUUCAGGGAUCGAAGUCUCUGCUCUCGGGACCCGCCGGGGGAGUGGUGGGAUACGCUCGGACAACCGAGACCCAACCGGUCAUCGGGUUCGAUAUGGGCGGAACGUCGACGGACGUGAGUCGAUUCGCCGGCAAUUUCGAUUUCAGCUACGAGUCUACCGUCUCGGGAGUAACUGUCCAGUCUCCCCAGCUCGACAUUUCGACGGUGGCCGCUGGCGGGGGUUCGAAGUUGUUCUUCAGGAAUGGUCUCUUCGUGACCGGACCCGAGUCGGCCGGAGCGCAUCCCGGGCCUGUUUGCUACAAAAAAGGAGGACCUCUCACGGUGACCGAUGCGAACCUCUGCUUGGGCCGGAUCCUCCCGGAAUAUUUUCCGAAGAUAUUCGGGCAGAACGAAAACGAGCCUCUGGACAAGAAAGGAACCAUGGCCGCGAUGGACGAAAUCGCCUCAGAAGUUAACAGAAGUUUGAUGUCGACCGGACAGAGAAUCAUGUCCACCCAGGAAGUGGCACUCGGUUUCAUCAAAGUCGCGAACGAGACGAUGUGUCGCGCGAUCAGAGGAAUCACCCAGUCGAAAGGCUUCGAAACCAAUAAACACACCCUCGCGUGUUUCGGUGGGGCCGGUGGACAACACGCUUGCGCCGUCGCUAAGAACCUCUCGAUCUCAAAGAUUUUCAUUCACAAAUACUCCGGGAUCCUAUCGGCGUACGGCCUGAGCCUUGCCGACGUCGUCACCGAAAAACAAAUUCCGAUGGCGCUCGUUUACGAAGAGAAAAAUUUCAAAACCAUCGAGAGCGAGUUCGAGAGACUCCUCGACGAAUGUAAAAAGGAUCUUAGGAGGUACGACUGCUCCAGCACCAGUCACGAGGUAUUUCUCAACAUGCGUUACGAGAAAACGGAUUGCGCUCUGAUGUGCAAACCCAGCAAGGGUAGUCCCCAUCUCAAAUACGGAGACUUUCUCGAUAGCUUCAGAAUUCGCUACAAGGAAGAGUUCGGAUUCGUGCUCACAGACCGCAAGGUGAUAAUCGACGACAUGUGGGUUCGAGUUCUGAGCUCACCGGAGGGCGCUGAGGUCAAGAACAAAUCGGGCGAGGAGAACGGUCACCGGAAAAUGAGUGCAGUGCCUGAAAGUCUGACUCAAUGUUUCUUCGAAGAGGGCCUUCUCGAGACUGGGGUCUACCUCUUGGAGAAACUUCAGGCAGGGGUUUCAAUCGCUGGACCAGCAAUCAUCAUCGACAAAACCGGCACGAUGGUCAUCGAACCCGAUUGCACCGCACGCAUCACCAACAAGGGGGAUAUCGAAAUCGAGGUCGACUACCCCGAGACGAAUAAACAGCAACUCUCUACCGAACUGGAUAAUAUUCAAUUGUCAAUAUUCUCCCACCGUUUCAUGAGCAUUGCCGAACAGAUGGGAAAGGUUUUGCAGCGAACUUCCAUAUCAACGAAUAUCAAGGAAAGAUUGGAUUUUUCUUGCGCGCUAUUCGGUCCUGACGGGGGUCUCGUAUCCAAUGCCCCGCACAUACCGGUGCAUCUCGGAGCCAUGCAAGUCGCCGUGCAGUACCAGCUGAACGCUCUCAGAGGUCAGCUGAGAGCUGGUGACGUCAUCCUGACCAACCAUCCGAAGGCAGGUGGGAGCCAUCUACCGGAUCUGACUGUGAUCACGCCGGUGUUCCUCGAGAACGUGGAGGAUCCUGUCUUCUUUGUCGCCAACCGCGGUCACCACGCCGAUAUCGGCGGAAUAACUCCCGGCUCGAUGCCGACGGACUCGCAGACACUCGAGGAGGAAGGAGCGAUUUUCCUCAGCUUCAAGAUCGUCGAUAAUUUUGAAUUUCAAGAAGAGAAGCUCAGGGAGCUCCUUAUGGCUCCCGGAAAAACUCCCAGAUCCUCCGGUGCCCGAAACGUACGCGAGAAUAUCGCCGAUCUCCAGGCUCAGAUCGCUGCGAACAACAAGGGCAUCGCAUUAGUUACCGAUUUGAUUACGGAGUUCGGACUCGAGGGCGUACAGGCUUACAUGAAUUACAUUCAAGAGAACGCGGAACUCGCUGUUACGAACUUGCUCAAAGAAGUCGGUGAGAAACUCCGGGGUGAGCAGGAGUCGAAGAUAGUUCACCUGAGCGCCGAAGACAUGAUGGACAACGGAAGUAAAAUCGUUUUGGAACUGGACAUUGACGUCGAGGAGGGGAAGGCUCUUUUCGACUUCUCAGAAACAAGCUCAGAAGUCUACGGAAACACAAACGCACCUUUCGCGGUCACUCAUUCGGCGAUCAUAUACUGCCUUCGUUGCAUGGUUGGCCACGAUAUCCCGUUGAACCAGGGGUGUCUUGCUCCUGUUACCAUAAAGCUAACGAAAGGUUCCUUCUUGAAUCCCUCGGACGACGCCGCAGUUGUCGGGGGGAACGUACUGACCUCUCAGCGUCUGUGCGACGUUAUUCUGAAGGCUUUCGAAGCGUGCGCCGCCUCACAAGGAUGCAUGAACAACAUCACGUUCGGAGACGACUCGUCUGGAUACUACGAGACGAUCGCCGGUGGGGCAGGCGCUGGUCCAGGUUGGAACGGACGCUCCGCAGUCCACACGCACAUGACGAAUACGAGGAUCACGGACGUCGAGAUUCUGGAGCGAAGAUACCCAGUCAUUGUGAGACGCUUCGAGGUUAACCGCGGAACCGGUGGAGAGGGUCGCCAUCCCGGCGGGGAUGGAGUUCUAAGGGAGCUCUUGUUCCGGAAGAACUUCACGUUAUCUGUUCUAACUGAGCGUCGCGUUUUCCGGCCGUAUGGUUUGGCCGGUGGGAGCUCCGGGGCUCGCGGGCGCAAUACGAUCAUUACCAAACAUGGGAGAAAGAGUGACAUCGGACCAAAAUGCACAUUGCAAGUCGGAUCCGGAGAUGUUCUUCGAAUCGAAUCUCCUGGGGGCGGCGGAUACGGCGCUCCGUGAUGGGCUCUGUCAAGGUCUCGCGGCGCGGUGGGCACAGCCAUCACAUCCACAGCGCAGGUCGACCUUCGGAAACUUUCGCUGACUUCAGGCAUCAUUUGUUUCCGUCUGAAUCGGAGCGCUCUGCUGUGGCUCCUUCAGACUGCCUCGGCGCAA